AGCAUGGAUCCCGAGGAUGAGUAUGAUGUGGAAUCUGACCUGUCCGACUCAGACAACGGUUCAGACUACGACUCAGACUACGACUCAGAUGAUGGCUCCAUGGACGACUCCAUGGACGAUGCCGUGAUACUAUCCGUCAACCUGACGUUCCCUAUCCCCGGCCCCUAUGCUACGCCAUGGUUCUAUUCCGAUAGAAGCCCAUGGUCCCAGCAUCUGGUACAACAUGGCGAGUUCACCAUCACCGACGCGGCGCUCCUGGCAUUCACCGUAGACGUCGCCAUGAAGAUCUACAUUGUCGACGACAUUAACUUCCCCGUCUCCGAUAUCGCCAAUGAGUCUAGCCUGGUAUGGGUUAUCCUCGAAAGAGUAGCCCAGUCCAUGUAUGCGCGCAUCCGCAGCUACGGGUGGGCCAAACGCCGCGUCGUGGCAACCGUAGAACAUUUUUACAUCGACGUAACCCGGGAUCUCUUCAAGAUGCGCGAGCGCUAUACGAUUGCGUUCCUGCAGUGUAUUCAAGAUCCACAAGUCAAAACCUCCAUUGCCACCGAGAUUGUAGUGCAUAACUCUUUCGCAGACUGCAACAGAGCGGUCAGAUUGGUUUUCCGUUGGGUGUACGGAGAGUGGCCCGAGUCAGUCUUGCAGAAGAAGACGGCCGGGUCCAAGCAAGAGUCUUCUUCGCGCCCGACGAUGACCAUACGCCAGUGGGUAUUCCAUCAGAACUAGACAGCACCAAAACACUUGGUCUUACAAGAUGAGGUGAGUCUUAAAGAGCGAGGGCUAGGAAAUACCGUUCUUACCCCGCUCUACGCCCAGGACAUUCGGACGCUGCAAUGUCACCAUGGUUCGCUAUCGCACAUUACGAAAUCUCAAAACAAC